CCCAGCGGAGGUGGGACUUCCUGUCUCCCUAAGGAAGCACUUCCGGCCAGGACCGGAAGCUCCGCUGCUGCCAGGCGCGUGCGAGGGUCGGUGUCCGGACCCCCCGGGCUCUCUGCCUGCAGAUCUCCUCAUAUUUUGGAUUCUGGCUGUAUUAUCAUGAAUGACACGUUGACCUUAGAUGUCAUUGGUCGACGAGUUGAAGUUAAUGGAGAACAUGCAACAGUGCGUUUUUCUGGUGUUGUCCCUCCUGUGGCAGGACUCUGGCUAGGAGUGGAAUGGGACAAUCCCGCGAGAGGAAAGCAUGAUGGAAGCCAUGAAGGGAUUGUGUAUUUUAAAUGCAGGCACCCAACAGGAGGAUCCUUUGUUCGUCCAAACAAAGUAAAUUUUGGAGUAGACUUUCUCACUGCAGUGAAUAAUCGCUACGUGUUAGAAGAUGGACCAGAGGAAGAUGGAAAAGAGCAACCUGUUACAAUUGGAAAUAAACCUGUGGAAACUAUUGGUUUUGACUCUGUCAUAAAACAGCAAAGUCAGCUGAGCAAGCUGCAGGAAGUUUCUCUGAGGAACUGCGUGGUGAGUUGUGCUGGCGACAAAGGAGCAAUUGCCAAAGCGUGUCCUAAUAUCAGAAGGGUAGAUUUGUCAAGAAACCUGCUGUCCUCAUGGGAUGAAGUCCUAAGUAUUGCUGAUCAGCUCAAACACCUGGAAGUUCUUAAUCUCAGUGAGAAUAAACUCCACUUUCCCUCGGUUUCACCAUCUCUAGCUGGAACAUUUCCUGCACUGAAGGUUUUAGUUCUUAACCGAACAGGAAUAACGUGGGCUGAGGUGCUGCGGUGCGCCCCUGGGUGGCCGGUCCUGGAGGAGCUGUACCUCAAGUCUAACGACAUCUCCAUUUCAGAAAGGCCGGCGGAUGUUCUACAGACGGUCAAGUUAUUAGACCUUUCCUCUAAUCCAUUAAUUGAUGAAAAUCAGCUGUUUCUCAUAGCGCAUCUCCCCAGAUUAGAACAACUAAUCCUUUCUGACGUCGGAAUUUCUUCUCUACAUUUUCCGGAUGCAGGAACUGGGUGCAAAACAUCAAUGUUUCCUUCCUUGCAGUACCUUGUAGUGAAUGACAAUCAGAUCUCGCAAUGGUCGUUUAUCAACGAGCUGGAUAAGUUACAGAGUCUGCGUGCUCUGUCCUGCGUAAGAAACCCCCUGACGGAAGGAGGCAGCGGACCACAGACCACACGCCAGUUCAUCAUCGCCAAAAUCGGUCAGCUGAAGACCCUGAACAAAUGUGAGAUUCUACCAGAGGAAAGGCGUGGGGCUGAGCUUGAUUACCGAAAAGCAUUUGGAAAUGAAUGGAAAAAGGCUGGCGGACAUCAGGAUCCAGACAAAAACAGGCCAAAUGAAGAAUUUCUUGCAGCCCAUCCCAGAUACCAGUCCCUCUGUCUGAAAUAUGGUGCACCUGAAGACGGGGAACUCAAAACACGACAGCCGUUUUUGCUCAAAAACCAGCUACUAACACUGAAGAUAAAAUAUCCUAAUCAGGUUGAUCAGAAAGUCACAGAAAAACAACUGCCAGAUUCCAUGACCAUUCAGAAGGUGAAGGGACUGCUGUCACGUCUUCUCAAAGUUCCUGUGUCAGAACUUCUGCUGUCCUACGAAAGUCCCAAAGUAAGUUGCCCAGCGAAACACAGAGUCAAGCUUAGGUCCCCGCCCCCCCGUAAGACACGUCAUUCAGCUGGGGCUUUUGUGACUCGGCUGGAUUCUCGGUGAAAAACAGACAUCUUUGAUGUAUUAACCCUUUGUUCUGUUUUUAGAUGCCUGGCAGAGAGAUUGAGCUAGAAAAUGACCAGCAGUCAUUACAGUUCUAUUCUGUGGAAAACGGAGACUACCUGUUAGUGCGAUGGUAACAGCCAACUAAUCAAGUUCAGAGACUCCACUGUUUUAUCAUGACUGGGGUUCACUGGAAAGGAAUGAUUCUCUGGAACAAUUCUGUCAGAAGAAGAGGUUUUACAACUUGCCCUAAGUAGAGAAAAAGUGGUAUUUUUCAUUGGGAAGAGACCAUUUCUAGGCAUAUAUAUAACAGUAGGUGCAAAGCCUUGGUUACUGCUAAUGACUCUCUGAUUUUAUUUCGUAUUUAUAGUUCAUGGCUACUUUAAAUAUUAAAUAGAACCUAGCUAGUCUAAUGAAAUCUGAACACAGUUAAGGUCCAGCAUAAGACCAGUUUUAAUGGAAUUCCACUGUUACUACUAGUUUAAAAGGUGACCAAAAGGACUCGGGAGGUCAUUUUGGAAACUGUCCCUGGACCUCAGGGAGGCACCUCUUCUGUGUGUAACGCAUAUGCUAUGAUCUCUCUUCUCUGCUGCACUAUUUUUAGAGUACUUGCAGAAAUGAAGCCCGUGCUCUUUCCUGCAGCUGCACCUACACUGGGCAUACGUGCUUCUACAGGUGACGACCAGCUCUGAUGGGAAUUCACGUGUAGUAGGGAACCAUCGGGCAAUGACAGGAGGAAAGCAAAACUCAUUUGAAGUGUCAACUGUUUAAGCAGUAUCCUUCCCUAUGUCACUAAAACCCUGAGAGGUAUUUGACUUCUAUCCCCAUUUUAGUUUUGUUUUUUUUCAAUAGUACCAGACUGUGACCUUCAGGAUUUGUGUUAAAUGGCAAAAGAAAACUUGAAUUAGCCCACUUAAUAAGUGUACUUUAAAACCAAAGUCCUGAACCGAGUGGAUUGGUUCCUUUUCAAGUUCAAGUUGCCCACUUCAGACGUUUCCAGAAACCCCAAGCUUUGGUAUCAGUGCCCACACAGCAUUCUGUGAGUUCUUUUUGGCCCUUAAUUAUCCUCAUUAUGCUUUAUGGAACUAUUCUGUAAUCCAGGUUGAAAUUCACAUUCUCUGUCAUUACUCAAGAUUUCUGAACUAGGCCAAAUUUUAACCAAAAGUGAUAGUAAUGAAUUAUAAACUAGAAAUGAUACAUCAGCUUUUAGAAACUUUUUUGUUUUAUAAAACAAUUUGGUAUUUCUCAAAUGUUCUUCCAAUACAGAAAUAAAAUUUUUCUUAGGCUACA